GCGCGCCGCGUCGCGUCGCGGGGAGCCAUGUUUGUGGCGCGCAGCAUCGCGGCGGACCAUAAGGAUCUCAUCCACGAUGUCUCCUUCGACUUCCACGGGCGCCGCAUGGCCACCUGCUCCAGCGACCAGAGCGUCAAGGUCUGGGACAAAAGUGAAAGUGGAGAUUGGCAUUGUACCGCUAGCUGGAAGACACAUAGUGGAUCUGUAUGGCGUGUGACAUGGGCUCAUCCUGAGUUUGGACAGGUUUUGGCCUCCUGUUCUUUUGAUCGAACAGCUGCUGUGUGGGAAGAAAUAGUAGGAGAGUCCAAUGAUAAACUGCGAGGACAGAGUCACUGGGUGAAGAGGACGACUUUAGUGGAUAGCAGAACAUCUGUUACUGAUGUGAAAUUUGCUCCCAAGCAUAUGGGUCUUAUGUUAGCAACCUGUUCAGCAGAUGGUAUAGUAAGAAUAUAUGAGGCACCAGAUGUCAUGAAUCUCAGCCAGUGGUCUCUGCAGCACGAGGUCUCCUGUAAACUAAGCUGUAGUUGUAUUUCUUGGAACCCUUCAAGUUCUCGUGCCCACUCCCCCAUGAUAGCUGUAGGAAGUGAUGACAGUAGUCCAAAUGCAAUGGCCAAGGUUCAGAUCUUUGAAUACAAUGAAAACACCAGGAAAUAUGCAAAAGCUGAAACUCUUAUGACAGUCACUGAUCCUGUUCAUGAUAUUGCAUUUGCUCCAAAUUUGGGAAGAUCUUUCCACAUUCUAGCAAUAGCAACCAAAGAUGUGAGAAUUUUUACAUUAAAGCCUGUGAGGAAAGAGCUUACUUCCUCUGGUGGGCCAACAAAAUUUGAAAUUCAUAUAGUGGCUCAGUUUGAUAAUCAUAAUUCCCAAGUCUGGAGGGUGAGCUGGAACAUAACGGGAACAGUGUUAGCAUCUUCUGGAGAUGAUGGCUGUGUAAGAUUGUGGAAAGCGAAUUAUAUGGACAAUUGGAAGUGCACUGGUAUAUUGAAAGGUAAUGGGAGCCCAGUUAAUGGGAAUUCUCAACAGGGAAAUUCAACUCCUUCCCUUGGCUCAACUAUUCCAAAUCUCCAAAAUUCAUUAAAUGGAUCUUCUGCUAGCAGGUAUUUCUUUCCCCCUCUGGAUUCCCCAAGGGCUGGAUCAAGAUGGUCCAGUUCUUCUCAGCUCCUUCCUCCUCCUCCUGCUCCUCUGGUAGAGCACUCUUGUGAUGCCGACACUGCCAACCUCCAGUAUCCUCAUCCUCCCAGAGGGUAUCUCUCUCGGCCUCUUAAUCCCUUACCUGAGAAUGAAGGGGUUUAAGUGCUGACUCAAAGGCCUCCUUACUCAAAUGCUUGUAAAUGCUUUCAUCCCAGGCUGCUUUUUGAUUUUCUUCAUUUUCUUUCUGAAGAAGUUUUCUUAUUCAGGAUCUGUCUUGUAUGUAUUACAAAUGCAGUGUUUGGAACCUAAACCAUUUGUACAUCUUGUCUAAGGAACAUUGCUUUCAUUUGUUGAUUACCUUUGAUAAAAGAGCUGUGAACAAGCAGACUUCAUUGUGAAAGAGUCACAGCAUCUGAUUGCAAAGUGCCUGUUGGUUCAUUUUAUUUUGAGCUGUAAUAGAGUUACAUUUCUUUGACCUACUGAUUAAUGUAAAAGCAUAUCACUGUGGAGUUCACUCAGCCUUGGAGACAUACUAGGAAGUGGUUUGAAUCCUACAGGUUAAUGUUGCAAAUGGUGAGAAUGUAAAGUAAAUCAUUCCUUUGUAUAAAGCAUCAAGACAUAAUAUUUUUCUGGUUUAAUUUUUUUUUAAAAAGGAAUUGUCUUUCACUACCUGGAAUUACUGUUUAAAGCUUUUGUAAUUAUUGUCUAAGUAUUAUUUAAUAAAAAUGUUUUAAAACA